UUCACUUGCAAAUUCUACAAAUGGCUUUCUCUCUCACUUCUCUCUCAACUUUCUCUUUCUAAACCCUUAAUAUCUCUCCCUAUUCUCUUUCUUUGUCUUUGUGUACAGGCACUCAUUUGGUUCACUAUGGCUGGGAGAAAAAGGAGGAAGAUUAAAUUGUUAGAUGAAACGAUCACAAAAAGUAAAGGAAAAAGAACUAAGGAAAAGAAUGAGAAAUUGGAGCUACAAACUUGGUCUGAUCUUCCUACAGAACUUUUGGAGAUCAUAAUAUCCCGUCUAAGUCUAGAUGACAAUAUCCGUGUCUCUGUUGUAUGCAAGAGAUGGCACUCAGUUGCUAUUUCUGUCCGGGUGGUCAACCAAUCACCUUGGCUUAUGUACUUUCCAAAAUUUGGUGACUCAUAUGAGUUUUAUGAUCCAUCACAGCGGAAGACUCAGUCUGUUGAAUUACCUGAGUUGACUGGAUCCAGGGUUUGUUACACCAAAGACGGUUGGUUAUUGCUAUACAGACCAAGAUCUAAUCGUGUGUUUUUCUUUAAUCCCUUUACUCGAGAAGUGAUAAAGUUACCAAGAUUUGAAUUGACCUAUCAGAUAGUUGCUUUCUCUUGUGCACCAACAUCUUCUAGCUGCAUACUUUUUACAGUCAAGCACAUCAGUCCCACAGUUGUUGCUAUUAGUACUUGCCAUCCUGGGGCAACAGAAUGGACCACUAAUAGUUACCAAAAUCGCUUGCCCUUUGUUAGCAGCAUUUGGAAUAAGCUUGUUUUCUGCAAUGGACUCUUUUACUGUCUGAGUCUCACUGGUUGGCUAGGGGUGUUUGACCCAUUUGAACGUUCUUGGAGUGUUCUUGCUGUGCCUCCCCCAAGAUGCCCUGAGAACUUUUUUGCCAAAAAUUGGUGGAAGGGCAAGUUUAUGGCUGAGCAUAAGGGAGACAUAUUAGUUAUUUAUACAUGCUCUAGUGAAAACCCUAUUAUAUUCAAGCUGGAUCAGACAAACAUGAUCUGGGAAGAGAAGCAGACUCUUGAAGGUGUGACCCUUUUUGCCAGUUUCUUGUCAUCACAUUCUAGAACUGACCUCCCUGGAAUACUGAGAAACAGUGUUUAUUUCUCUAAAGUCCGUUUCUACGGAAGGCGUUGCAUAUCAUACUCCCUUGAGGAUUCUAGAUACUAUCCUCGUAAGCAAUGUUAUGACUGGGGAGAACAAGACCCUUUUGAGAACAUUUGGAUCGAACCACCUCAAGGCUUUACAACCUUCACCUGAACAAUGCUUAGUGAGAAAAUUAGGAAGCAGAGUAAUUUCUGUGGACCUUUGCAGUGUAAAAAGAUUCUGAAUGUAACCUCUGGUAUUUGUUUGCUGUUAAACAACAUAAUCAGGCCUUGAAAGUUGUUGCCAUUAUAGUUCUCUAGGUUCAACACCUGCAUCCCCCAAAUAUAAUAUUGGUUUUUUAGCUUGAAUCAACACAAAUUCAUAAAUAAAGAAUUGUGUACAUCAUCUGCUGCGCUUAUGAUCUUGAGAUCUUGUCUACUUUUCAAUGUUAUUAUUAAUGAGAAUUGAUGGUUUGCUAACUUUAGUUUUGUCA